UCAGAUCUCCUGCGAUAGAGCAAGUGCAUGGAUGCGGUUGGCACGGAUGCCUGCCGUCUCCAUUUUCGCUCGCUGCUUUGAGGAGUCAUACCCGGAGUGGGCGGGGAGGCGCUUGUGCUCUGCCCAGGGCGAAGACGGCUGCCUCUGCCGGCUUUCCCCCGGGGCCACGCAUCGCAGUUCCGCAGUGAGCGGGUCGGCGGCCUCUGGAGCGCCCAGAGCAGGCGCGCCUCCCUCCUCCCUCCCUCCGGAGAGGCAGCAUCAACAGCGGCAGAAGCCGAGCGCCAGCCCCGCCCUUCUGGCGGCUGCGGUCGACAGGCUCCUCUGCUCCGCCAGCCAAUCAGCGCGCUGACAGGGCCGAGGGGCGGGGCGCGCAGUGAACCUGCAGGAAUCGAGCAUCCCCAGAGAGCGCAGCAUCAGCACCACAAACCCGGGGAGGCGGCCAGGCGCGUCUCUUCGCAUCUCGUUCCAUCGGGCAAGCGGGCGCGCAGGCAGGGGCCGCAUCCCGGAGCCUCGCCAAUGCCAGCGCCCGCAUUUCCCAACCGAGGGCGGACCGCACGGAGCCUCUGAGCCCGCAAAAGGGCAUUUUCAGGAGUACAAUCCUAGCAAGAGGAGUAAAACCUUCAAACCAUCAGGAUGGCAGGAGCUUCUGUAAAGGUGGCAGUGCGGGUGCGUCCUUUCAACUCCCGAGAAAUGGGCAAGGACUCCAAAUGUAUCAUACAGAUGACAGGAAACACCACAACUAUCAUUAACCCAAAGCAGCCGAAGGAGACACCAAAAAGUUUCAGCUUCGACUAUUCCUAUUGGUCUCACACAACACCUGAAGACAUCAACUAUGCUUCUCAAAAGCAAGUGUACCGGGACAUUGGAGAAGAGAUGCUGCAGCAUGCUUUUGAAGGUUAUAAUGUCUGCAUAUUUGCCUAUGGCCAGACUGGGGCUGGCAAGUCCUACACUAUGAUGGGCAGACAGGAGAAGGACCAACAAGGCAUAAUCCCCCAGCUUUGUGAGGAUCUUUUCUCUCGAAUCAAUGACACAACGAAUGACAACAUGUCAUACUCAGUGGAGGUGAGCUACAUGGAAAUAUACUGUGAGCGUGUGCGUGACCUCCUGAACCCCAAGAACAAAGGAAACCUGAGGGUGAGAGAGCACCCACUCCUUGGACCAUAUGUUGAAGAUCUCUCGAAACUAGCUGUCACAUCCUAUAAUGACAUCCAGGAUCUAAUGGACUCUGGAAACAAAGCCAGGACGGUGGCUGCCACCAAUAUGAAUGAAACCAGCAGCCGCUCACAUGCCGUCUUCAACAUUAUCUUCACCCAGAAACGGCAUGAUGCAGAGACUGACAUCACCACUGAGAAGGUCAGCAAAAUUAGCUUAGUGGAUCUUGCAGGGAGCGAACGAGCUGAUUCCACAGGAGCAAAAGGCACCAGACUGAAGGAAGGAGCAAACAUCAAUAAAUCACUCACUACGCUAGGGAAGGUGAUUUCUGCUCUGGCUGAGAUGGAUUCAGGACCAAAUAAGAAUAAGAAGAAGAAAAAAACAGACUUUAUUCCAUAUCGGGAUUCUGUACUUACCUGGCUGCUCCGAGAAAAUCUAGGUGGUAACUCUCGGACUGCUAUGGUUGCUGCUCUCAGUCCAGCUGACAUCAACUAUGAUGAGACUCUCAGCACCUUAAGGUAUGCUGACCGAGCUAAGCAGAUCAGAUGCAAUGCCGUCAUUAAUGAGGAUCCUAACAACAAACUGAUCAGAGAACUGAAGGAUGAAGUGGCUCGCCUGAGAGACCUGCUGUACGCCCAGGGCCUGGGAGACAUCAUUGACACCAAUCCUGUUCCAGGAGGACCCAAAUACAUGUCCGACUUUCAGAACAAUAAUGAUAAUCGUAGAGUGGCAGAUAUGAGUCAACGCCAUGACAAUCUCUCCACAGUGACCAAUGCCUUGGUAGGAAUGAGCCCGUCCUCCUCACUCUCAGCCUUGUCCAGCCGAGCUGCUUCGGUCUCCAGUCUCCACGAACGCAUCAUGUUUGCUCCAGGUAGUGAAGAAGCCAUUGAGAGACUGAAGGAAACUGAGAAGAUCAUUGCUGAGCUGAAUGAAACAUGGGAAGAAAAGCUGCGCAGGACAGAAGCAAUUCGUAUGGAGAGGGAAGCUUUGCUUGCAGAAAUGGGAGUGGCUAUGAGAGAAGAUGGUGGUACACUGGGAGUAUUUUCACCUAAAAAGACACCACAUCUGGUCAACCUAAAUGAGGACCCACUCAUGUCCGAGUGCCUUCUGUAUUACAUUAAAGAUGGAAUAACCAGGGUUGGUCGAGAAGAUGCUGAGAGGAGGCAGGACAUUGUCCUCAGCGGUCACUUCAUCAAAGAAGAGCACUGCAUAUUCCGAAGUGACACUAAGGCUGGCAGUGAAGCAGUGGUGACUCUAGAACCUUGUGAGGGAGCAGACACCUAUGUCAAUGGAAAGAAAGUAACAGAGCCCAGCAUCUUAAGAUCAGGAAAUCGCAUAAUCAUGGGAAAGAGCCAUGUAUUUCGAUUUAACCACCCUGAGCAGGCACGCCAGGAGCGGGAGCGAACUCCAUGUGCAGAGACCCCAGCCGAACCAGUGGACUGGGCUUUUGCCCAAAGAGAGCUAUUGGAGAAACAAGGCAUUGACAUGAAGCAGGAGAUGGAACAGAGGCUUCAGGAACUGGAAGAUCAGUACCGGAAGGAAAGAGAAGAAGCCAAUUACCUUCUGGAGCAGCAAAGACUUGAUUAUGAGAGUAAACUGGAGGCUUUGCAGAAGCAGAUGGACUCAAGGUAUUAUCCUGAGGCUAAUGAGGAAGAGGAGGAACCUGAGGAUGAAGUACAAUGGACAGAGCGAGAGUUUGAGCAGGCGCUCUGGGCCUUCAGGAAGUGGAAAUGGUACCAGUUUACAUCUCUUCGGGACCAGCUGUGGGGCAAUGCCAUUUUCUUGAAGGAGGCCAAUGCCAUCAGUGUGGAGCUGAAGAAGAAGGUUCAAUUUCAGUUUGUGCUCCUUACAGACACCCUGUACUCACCUCUGCCUCCAGACCUGCUUCCUCCGGAUGCUGCCAAAGACCGUGAGAAACGUCCUUUCCCGAGGACUAUUGUGGCAGUGGAGGUGCAGGACCAGAAGAAUGGAGCAACCCAUUACUGGACUCUGGAGAAACUCAGGCAGAGGUUGGACCUGAUGCGGGAGAUGUAUGAUCGGGCGGCUGAAGUGCCCUCUAGUGUUAUAGAAGACUGUGACAAUGUGGUGACAGGCGGAGACCCCUUUUAUGAUCGCUUCCCUUGGUUCAGGCUGGUUGGCAGUUCAGAUAUCUCUGGCUGCAACAGCUCUCCUAUUUUCAACACAUGCAUGAGCGAGCGCAUGGCUGAUCUCACCCCCUCCCCCACCUUCUCGAACCCUGACUCCGACAUCACCGAGCCUGCUGACGAGCAGCACGUGGGGAAGGAGGAGGAGGAGGAUGACCUGGAGGAAGACAUCUUUCCGGAGUACCCGCUGUAUGAUGGCCAGGAUCCAUUUUACGACCGCUCCCCCCUGUUCAGUUUAGUAGGAAGAGCCUUUGUGUAUCUCAGCAACUUGCUGUAUCCUGUACCUCUGGUGCACCGCGUCGCCAUUGUCAGCGAGAAGGGGGAAGUGAAAGGGUUCCUGCGCGUGGCUGUUCAGGCCAUCUCAGCUGAUGAAGAAGCACCAGAUUAUGGCUCAGGAGUGCGGCAAUCUGGAACAGCCAAAAUUUCCUUUGAUGAUCAGCACUUUGAAAAGUUCCAGUCUGAGUCCUGUCCUGUAGUGGGAAUGUCCCGCUCUGGAACUUCACAGGAGGAGCUGCGUAUCGUAGAGGGACAGGGACAAGUAACUGACAUAGGACCAUCUGCAGAUGAAGUCAACAACAACACCUGUGCAGCCACCCCUGAGGAUCUUCUCCUGGACAGUUCAGAGAAGUCUGUGGUGGAUGGGCCUUUAGAGGCAGCCCUUGAGCACCUGAAGCUGGGCAGCAUCUUCACUUUCAGAGUGACAGUUUUGCAGGCAUCUAGCAUCUCAGCAGAAUAUGCAGACAUAUUCUGCCAGUUUAACUUUAUCCACCGCCAUGACGAGGCCUUUUCCACAGAACCCUUGAAGAACACUGGCCGAGGCCCACCUCUUGGCUUCUAUCAUGUACAAAACAUUGCAGUGGAGGUCACCAAAUCUUUCAUUGAGUAUAUCAAGAGCCAGCCAAUUGUCUUUGAGGUAUUUGGACACUAUCAACAGCAUCCUUUCCCGCCUCUCUGCAAGGAUGUCCUCAGCCCCCUAAGACCAUCCCGGCGCCAUUUCCCUCGGGUCAUGCCAUUAUCCAAACCAGUGCCUGCAACCAAAUUGAGUGCCAUGACAAGGCCCAGCAUUGGCCCCUGCCAGUGCAAGUAUGAUCUGAUGGUUUUCUUUGAGAUCUGUGAGCUUGAGGCCAAUGGCGACUACAUCCCUGCUGUUGUGGAUCAUCGUGGAGGAAUGCCCUGCCAUGGAACAUUCCUUCUACACCAGGGUAUCCAGAGGAGGAUCACCGUCACCCUGGUGCAUGAGACAGGGAGCCACAUUCGCUGGAAGGAAGUGCGGGAGCUGGUUGUGGGUCGGAUUCGGAACACCCCAGAAGGAGAUGAAUCCCUCAUUGACCCCAACAUCCUGUCUCUGAACAUCCUGUCAUCAGGAUACAUCCGCCCCUCCCAGGAUGAUCGGCAGUUUCUUGAUUCGGAUAUGCCUAGCAUUUCACUGGGAAAUGACACUAGGACGUUUUACCAGUUUGAAGCGGCAUGGGAUAGCUCCAUGCACAACUCUUUGCUGCUGAAUCGUGUCACCCCAUACAGAGAGAAAAUCUACAUGACCCUCUCGGCGUACAUUGAGAUGGAGAACUGCACCCAACCAGCUGUGAUCACCAAAGAUUUCUGCAUGGUCUUCUACUCCAGAGAUGCCAAACUCCCUGCUUCUCGGUCCAUCCGCAAUCUUUUUGGAAGUGGGAGCCUUCGAGCCUCAGAAAGUAACCGUGUAACUGGGGUAUAUGAACUCAGCCUUUGUCGGGUGGCUGAUGCUGGCAGUCCAGGCAUGCAAAGAAGACGAAGGCGUGUGCUUGACACAUCUGUGGCAUAUGUGCGAGGUGAGGAGAACCUGGCAGGCUGGCGGCCCCGUAGCGACAGUCUCAUCUUGGAUCAUCAAUGGGAAUUGGAGAAACUGAGCCUCCUGCAAGAAGUUGAGAAAACAAGGCAUUACCUGCUUCUGCGUGAGAAACUAGAGACAACCCAGCGCUUGGGUCUCGAUUCCCUUUCCUCAAGCUCCUGUGAAGACUCGGAUUCCCGCAGUACAUCUUGUGUCUCCUCUCCAAUCUCAGCAGAUGGUACCCCUGAGGGGAGGAAUUUGCCACUGGACACCCCCAGUGAGAGGCAGAAAGAACUUGCCGUCAAGUGCUUGCGUCUCCUUACACACACAUUCAACAGAGAGUACACCCACAGCCAUGUCUGUGUCAGCGCAAGUGAGAGCAAGCUAUCUGAAAUGUCAGUGACUCUGCUAAGAGACCCUUCUAUGCCAGCCCUUGGUGGCUCCACCUUGACCCCCUCCUCCACCUGCCCAUCAUUGGUUGAAGGACGGUACAGUGGCACGGAUGCCAGAACUCUGCAGCUCUCUUCAAGGGCAGAAAGCCCUGAAUUUGAGCCCACAGUUGAAGGAGAACAAAAGAAAUCCCCCACCUGUGGGCCUGAAGAUGAAAAGGAGACCCAGCGCCUUUUGGUCCCUGAUAUUCAAGAGAUCCGGGUCAGCCCUAUUGUCUCCAGGAAAGGCUACCUGCACUUUCUGGAGCCCCACACAAAUGGGUGGGUGAAGCGCUAUGUGGUUGUGAGACGCCCCUAUGUCUACAUCUACAACACCGACAAGGACUCUGUGGAGAGAGCAGUCCUCAAUCUCUCAUCAGCUCAGGUGGAAUACAGUGAAGACCAGCAGGCGAUGCUGAAAACCCCCAACACAUUCGCAGUGUGCACUGAACAUCGUGGGAUCCUGUUGCAGGCAAGCAACGACAAGGAUAUGCAUGAUUGGCUGUAUGCAUUUAAUCCUCUCCUGGCUGGAUCAAUAAGGUCCAAACUGUCUAGGCGGAGGACAGCCCAAACCAGAAUUUAGCCUAAAGGGCCGCCCAUCUCAUCAAACCAAGUGAAAUAAUGGGUGCUGUUUGAGGGUCCCCAUUUUAAAUUUGGAUCUCUUCUGUCAUUCAUCCCGCCAGAUGCCUGCGCCACAGAGCGAUCCAUCUCAAGUUACAGUUUCAUUGGCCAAAUUCAUUUCUGUUGUAAGUUUAGAAGCCUGGUACACCCUGGAAUCUUUGUGCACAUGUGAUCUUCCGCCCAUCUCUUUAUUGGGUGACCUAGGUGACAUAUGACCACUAACAAAGCAAGAGUCUUUUUUAAAAAAUAAAAAUGAUUUAAUUUUUAAAGCAACUGUUUGAUUUAAGGAGAAAGGAAUCUGUAAAAGUGUGAACAUUAUAAAACAUGUUACUCAAAAAGAUAAAAGUGAUAGGAUUGUGUUCAGCUAAUUCAUAACUUAUUGACAUUUUACUUGAUAGAGCAAGAAAGAGUAGGAUGAGAUUAUAUUUAUAAAGUAUUUAUUUCUAUUUACUUCACUGAAAAAUGUACAUUCUGUUUAUCAUGUGGUGUUGUUUUUUCCACCUACGCACAUACAUUAUGCUGCAUCUCAUUUCUGCUAAAAGAAAAGAUGUGGAAGUGAGUCAGUGUAGAUGGGAGAGGGCCCUGUCAGCUUUUUAUGUGAGCCUAUCUUGGUUUUCUUUCAAAUACUGCACUUGCUGCCUAGCAGGUUUCUUCUUCUUUUCAGUCACCUAGCCAAUGUUUGUUUUGUUCAACUAAGGGCCGAACUACAUGUUACAUGCAAAUAUGUAUAACAUUCCCCCAAUCUUCUUUAUAUAAUGAAAACUAGCUUCAGGAGACUGUGAUUAGAAGUGAAGGAAUAGCAGUGAGGCUUGUGGUGAAGCAUGUACCGAAUUUUUCCCAUUGUAUUUUUUCUUCUCAAAACAGCCUCUUCCAGAUGCCCAUUUUGAGCUGAAGGAAUAGCUGGUAGGGAAGGGAUUAAACGACCGACCUCUCCAUUAGCAUUAUUUGUUCCCAUGAGCAACCCCCCAAGGUUGCUUUUCAUUUAAAGAAACAGUCAACACCCCCUCCCCAAUCUUAUCAGUGGGAUGCUACGCGCAUCUGCAUGUAACAUUGAAAUUGACCUUCAAUCUUAAUAGGGAUGUUUUGCUGGAGGUGAGUUCAUGUUUUCCCAAGAAAGGAAUGGUGGGAGGGGGAUUUGCUUCACCCUUUCCCCACCGGCAAUUAUUCAUGGCAUCGGAUGAACAGGUUGGGCCACUUUAUCACCAUUAUUGUUGCAGGCAGUGUUCAGUAAGUUCCUGUGACACAACCACAUCCUACACAGCAGUUGAAAUAGUAACAGUUGCACUAUCUGAGAGAAGAAUUACAUCUUCCAAGGUACUUAAUAAAAACUCUCACAGUAUUUAGGAAACACUUGGGAGAAAUACAAUAUCUGCUCAGCAGAAGUGCAUCUUCAAGGGACAACCUCUGGGCUUCCCAGAAUAAGUGAAAAACUACUGUAUGUUUAUUACACUCAAAACUGAUUGUCUGGAAAUACCCAUUGUCAUUUUCUUUUAAGAGAAAAGUAGGUUUGAAAUAGAUUACUUUAUGUAGCAAGACUGAUAGGACCCUUGUAUAAGAUUGGAACAGUGUGUUAUAAAAGAGACCUCUUUUCACUCUUGUAUUUAGUGAUAUGUUAAAAGUCUCCUUCAAAAAUACACCUGCAUCUUAAGCAAUUAUUUCUGGUAAAACAAAUAGUCAAUUUUAUUUCAAAUUUGGGUAAGACAAAGUAAAACAAAUAAUAGUUUUUUGGCACUAAUCAAUUAAGCAUGACUCAUAUCUGAUUUUAAGCAUCUCCUGUUAACUCUUUAUAUAUAGGAUCCUAUUUUACAGCCCACUCAAAUCAAUAUGUGGUAGUUAAUCCCCAUGAUUUACAUUCCCUUUAUGCAUAAACAGCAAAAUUAAAUACCAUUGGUGGCAACUUUGAUUCAUUUUAACUUCCCAGCCUAAGUCUAAUUAUUAUAUAAUUAAAAUCCGUAACUGAUUCUCUGUUUCUAAUCAGUGGUGAUUAUUACUCUCUUAUCAGUGUCUGAUCUAGUAGAAGCCUUUCAACAACAAAAUUUGCAGUCAGACAGCAAGCAAUUAAUGAAUUUCUCUGAAAUGUCCUGAGUGAUUGUCAUGCUAUAAGUUCAAAGCUACCUUGGGCUACGUUGAAGAAAUCAUCUGAACUUGUUUUAAAAAAGAACAGGACAAGUACAGCUCUGAACAUGUUUCUUGGAAGUAAGUCUUUCAGUGUUCAGUGGCGCUUACUCCCAAGUAAUUAUGCACAGGAUUCAAGGCUGUCCUAGAACAAGGAAGUCAUAUAUAGGAUCACAACACUUAUCUUUCAUACAAAAACACAACUUUAAAAAUAUUUUACUUCAUUUAUGUCCAUAUCAAAUUGUCAAGAGAUUUAAUUAUGUUAGUGGCAAUGGAUGAAGAAGUUGUGUCAGUACCUUCCUUGUCCAUACAAUCAAGAGAUGCAAAAAUGUAUAUGUAACCUUGCCUUGUGAAUGAAGAAGUAGAGCUUGGAAGAGCUGCUUUUUAUGGGGAGUGAUAGAUUGAUAAGAGGCAUGGCUUAGGUCAGCCAACCUGAAGACCAUGUUCCUGACAGUGUGACUAUUGGGCUACAGUCUGGUCUUGCUCAAGCGUUCCAUGUUUCUGGGGCCAGCAAACCUGCAGACAACAUGACUGACUUGAGUUAGGGAUCAAAGGCUUGACCCAAAGCCCCUAAAAAUGAAAGGCAAUGUUUGAAUCAGGGCUUAAAUGCAAUGACACACACACACA